CCUUCAAAGGUUGGUCAAUAGAUUAGGACGCCAUAUAGCCACUCUAUGAAAGCUAGAGAAGUUAAUAUGAACGGAUCAAUAGUCUGUGCUGUUGUUUUGAUGUUAUCGCCAUCCACAGUUGGCUUAUUUCUUUCUGGUCAAACACCAUUCAAGGUCCUACCAAUCAUCGAGUAUUACUGUCAACAGAUCAAUUUCUCCACACCAUUCCCCUCCUCCGCGUCCAUCAACAUCCAGCUUUCGAUCCUYGAAUCAGGAACAAGCUUUACAUACCAGGCCUCGGUGUCCUGGAUCGAGCUGGUUAAACAAACCGGUUUUACCGGUUGUGUUGCUACCUCUGGACCAAUCAGCACGUACCGCCUUGUCAGUUUGCAAUGGAUGGCAUUUGAUGACGUACCAAACAAAGGCAUGAUGGGUAUUCAAGCCGUGUCGCUAUGGACCACGGGAACCAAAUGUGUGACGGUGGAUAUGGUUGGCAUGAUCUUUUCAGUGGUGCCUUACAUCUACCUCACUCCCUUCCACUCCACACCCAACUAUCAUUACGACGCGACUUCCGUUUGGGUGGAAGAUCCUACGCGAUAUGAGUUUAAGAUUUGCCUGAGGGAACUGAAAAACUUUGAUGGCAUGCACAGAAACAUACGUGUGGACUGGCUGGCUUUGGAAGAAGUACCAACAACAUGGAAUAAACUGAUYCCAUUUAAAGGCAAACUAAUGUUGCCCAACACACACCCAUUGAUGGAAGAACAACGCUACAGCUUUUGUAAAAAUGUGAACUUUACUGAGCCCUUUUACGCUCCACCAGUCAUGAUCGCCAGCUCCAGUCACGUGUCUGAUAAGAACAACCCUAAAACUGUGUACCCAGAAAACAAUGCGAUCGCGGAGUGGCUAGAGGACGUCAGUGUGACAGGGUUCAGUGUUUGUWUGAAGGACAUUCAGCCGUAUAACGACCACCAUGAUCCAGUAACCAUCAACUACAUGACGAUUGGAGACCUCCAUCCSUGUAUCAAUGUCCAGUGUAACUUCUUUGCCUACUGUAAAGCAUACGCGCCAAGAGAUGCGCGCUGUGUGUGCCAGACAUCUUGCCCGUCAUAUGAAGACCUGGUGUGCGGCGAUGAUGGACAGACGUACCAAAACUUGUGUUUGUUUCAACUKUCUGUCUGUCAGUCGAGAACAGAUGUGAAGAUCCUCCACAAAGGAAGCUGCGUAGCCUUCAUCAUUCAUCGUGGUCGCGUCUUCGUWCAAUURGAYACCACCGAUGUCCAGUGCAAGACCGUCAACUUCUACCCUCAAGAUUUCAAUUCUUCUCUUCGAGUUCACGUCCAAACAUCAAUCAACUAUUUCAACCAGACGUCGCCCUUCGUUCACGACGCAGCCGUCACAUGGACUGAGAAGAUCUCASACACCUCGUUCAGCGUUUGCGCACUUAAAGCUGGCAGAACAGACCGWACUACUCCUGAUCGUGGUAUAACGUUYGUGGAUUAUAUUGCAUAUCAGGGCGCACCACGUGGGGCAGUGGCUGGUGAAGAGAAGAUAUCUGAUUGGUGGGAUGGAACAACAUGUAAGGAUGUCAGUAUUCCUCAGGAUAAUUUCCAGGGCAUACCCCACAUACUGGUGACCGCUGAACACAUGGCAACAGACCUGAAGCAUGACGCAGCCACUGUAUGGAUUGAGGACCUUACAGGGACGUCAUUUCAAGUCUGUCUCAGGGAACUGCAGAACUUUGAUGGACUUCAUAAGGACAUUCGAGUGAACUGGAUUGCAUACAGCACGUUGCCAGCUGACAUGARGGCGGARCAGCGAGUGGURACUUUUGCCAACGACAAGGUGCCCCUCGARAAAGACAACUAUGCAUUCUGCCAGGUAAUGUCGUUCAAUGCAAACUACACCAUGCCUCCCACAAUACUGAUCAGUGCUGGUCAUAGCACAGCUAUAGGCAAGGCUAUACCACUGUAUAAUAGUAUAGCACCAUGGAUAGAGGUAGGUAUCAUACCAAGUGACUAUAUUACCCCUCCCCUCCCCUCCCCCCACGGUGCUCAUCAGUGCUGGUCUUAG